AUGAUAACAGAAUCCAUGACCGUCGGCGCGGGCGCCACAGAUAAAUACCCUUUUGUUUUAGAACUGAAACAUUUUAGUGUAACGGAGUGGCGCGUCGGCGAGACAUUGAAAAAACGCACUUGCACAAAUGCCCCAUGCAUUCCUCGCGGCGCCCAGUUUUUGUACCCCAUAUGGGACAAAUUCGUACAAUACAUUCAAUGGAAUAUUACCAAAAAAACUCCGGGACUCGAGUGUAACAAGUGUGAGAAGGCUGUUCACGGUACCACACAAUGUGCAAAUUUGACCGCCAAGCAGCUUGCAGCACUACGUUCAGCAGAGAGCCUGGAAUGGACCUGUCAAGAUUGCCUCAAAAACUUUUCCAAAAGAGCAUCAUUAAUCAACGCUGAAACGGAUUCAGAUGAUGAAGAAGAUUUAGAAGGGUUGCUAGAAAAACCAAUAUUUAAAAAAUUACUCAAGGGUGUGGAAAAAACUAUCCAAAAAGAGAUGAAAACAAUUACAGGAACGCUGGACUUUUUUAGUGAAAAAAUUGAUGAAUUUAAUGAAUGUUUACAAGCCUGCGUUGCAAAAAUGAAAGAUUUGGAGAAGAAAAAUGCUCACUUAAUCAACCAAAAUGUUAAUCUGGAGACAAGAUUAAAUGCUGUUGAACAACGAGUGCAAGAACUAGAACAAAAGCAGCUGUCGAACCACAUAGAAAUAUCAGGAAUAGCAUACACUGAAAAAGUAGAACCAGUUUCUAUCGCGAAAGCAGUGGCAAAACAGCUAGAGGUUCCAGAAGUGUCUGUGAAGGCAGCUCGUCGCACGAAUUUAAGAGCAGACAAAGUAGGAGUAUUGCUUGUUGAACUACAAGAAGAAAAGCGGGCACAGUGGUUGAAUAAGGCAAAAGAGAAAAAAUUAACAGUACAAGAUUUGCAAUCUACUGUAGCAGUUGUAGGAGACCCUAAGGAUAAAAUUUAUAUUAGGGAAGCUUUGACGGCGUAUAAUAAGUGGCUGAUGUGGAAAGUGAAGGCAGAGUUAAAAGAAAGCUUCAAAUUCAUUUGGUGCAAGGACGGGCUAAUUAAGGUACGAAAAGACGAAAAAUCUAAAAUAUUAAUAGUCCGAAACGAAAGUGACAUUAAAAAACUCAUAUCUUAACAACCUUUAUUGUACCUACUUAUUCACUACUUAAAUUAUCAUUAUUAUGGAUUUAGAUAUAGAUAAUUCAGUAACGGAACUAAAGGAUUGUACUAAUUUAAAUUCGUAUUUUAACUGUAUUCCCUCUGCUUCAUUUACCUGUGUGCAUAUAAACAUACGAUCCAUGAUAAAAAAUUAUGCUUCCCUCUUACAGUGCAUUGACAAUUUAAAUCAUAAAAUUGAUGUUAUUGUAGUGACAGAGGCGAAUAUCUCUCAAACCAUUCAUACAAGAACUACACGAUAUUAUUCGGAGAUAUUCAAAUCUAGAUAAUUUCAUAAUAAUAGGAGAUGUAAAUAUAAAUUUGAGAGGUGAAUCCACUGUAAGAGACGAAUAUUUGGACACGCUGAGUGGGUGCGGCCUGGCUUGCGGGAUUAGCGAAUAUACUAGAAUAGAAAAGAGGCUAAA